AUGGAGAAAUACGAGAAGCUAGAGAAGGUUGGGGAAGGAACGUACGGGAAAGUUUACAAGGCGGUGGAGAAAUCGACAGGGAAACUCGUCGCUCUGAAGAAAACCAGGCUCGAGAUCGACGACGAAGGCAUUCCACCUACCGCGCUUCGCGAGAUUUCGCUUCUCCAGAUGCUAUCGACGUCGAUCUACGUGGUUCGCUUGCUCUGCGUCGAGCACGUUCUCCGAUCGGCGGAGAAUUCUCAAUCCCCGAAAUCGAAUCUCUAUCUCGUUUUCGAGUACCUCGACACCGAUCUGAAGAAAUUCAUCGAUUCGCAUAGGAAAGGUGCUAAUCCGAAGCCGCUCGAUCCUUCUCUAAUCCAGAAGUUGAUGUAUCAGCUCUGUAAAGGAGUGGCGCACUGUCACAGCCACGGUGUGCUUCACCGUGAUCUGAAACCACAGAAUCUUCUUCUGGUGAAAGAUAAAGAGCUUCUCAAAAUCGCCGAUCUGGGUCUCGGCCGUACUUUUACUGUGCCUCUCAAGUCGUACACGCACGAGAUUGUCACUCUCUGGUAUAGAGCUCCUGAGGUUCUCCUUGGAUCGACUCAUUAUUCGACUGCUGUUGAUAUUUGGUCUGUUGGUUGCAUUUUCGCGGAGAUGGUGAGGAGGCAAGCUCUAUUCCCUGGUGACUCUGAGUUUCAGCAAUUGCUUCAUAUCUUCAGAUUGCUAGGAACACCGACAGAGGAGCAAUGGCCAGGUGUAAGCUCUCUGCGUGACUGGCAUGUCUACCCAAAGUGGGAGCCGCAAGACUUGACACGUGCUGUUCCAUCUCUUUGCCCUCAAGGAGUUGAUCUUCUCAUGAAAAUGCUCAAGUACAAUCCAGCCGAAAGAAUCGCAGCCAAAACAGCACUUGAUCACCCUUACUUUGACAGCCUUGACAAGUCCCAGUUCUGA